GUUUUGCUUACUUGAUUUCUGGAUCCGCCGGUGACGGGAAAUCUCUCCGGCGAACUCUUUUGGCUCUUUAUCAUCCGAAUAAUCGGUAUGUUGUUCAUUUAGAUAGAGAAUCUUCCAAGGAAGAGAGAGAGGAGCUUCAUGGAUAUAUCAAAAACUCAUCUUUGUUUGGAAGGUUUAUGAAUGUUCAUAUGAUUGAGAAAGCUAAUCUUGUCACGUAUCGUGGACCUACGAUGGUUGCGAAUACACUUCACGCUGCGGCGAUUUUGCUUAGAGAAGGAGCUGAUUGGGAUUGGUUUAUUAAUCUUAGCUCUUCAGAUUAUCCUUUAGUGACUCAAGAUGAUUUGUUGCAUAUCUUUUCGCAUUUGCCGCGGGAUUUGAACUUCAUUGAUCAUACUAGUAACAUUGGAUGGAAAGCAUCACAAAGAGCAAAACCGGUAAUUAUAGAUCCUGGACUGUAUUUGAACAAGAAAUCUGAUGUUUUUUGGGUUACGCAAAGGCGAAGCAUCCCUACAGCAUUCAAGCUCUUCACAGGCUCUGCUUGGAUGGCGUUAUCUCGGCCAUUCAUCGACUACUGUAUUUGGGGUUGGGAUAAUCUACCUCGUACCGUCUUAAUGUAUUACUCGAAUUUUCUCUCUUCUCCAGAAGGAUAUUUUCACACUGUUCUCUGCAACGCGGAGGAAUUCAGAAACACAACAGUAAAUAGCGACCUGCACUUCAUAUCGUGGGACAAUCCGCCGAAGCAGCAUCCACACCAUCUCACUCUUGCAGACAUGACUAAAAUGGUAGAUAGCAAUGCCCCGUUUGCAAGAAAAUUCAGAAGAGAAGAUCCUGUCCUUGACAAGAUCGAUGAUGAGCUCCUUAACAGAGGUCCUGGGAUGGCUACACCUGGUGGUUGGUGCAUUGGAAGCUAUAAGAAUGGGAGUGAUCCGUGUGCUGUUAUUGGUGAUACUGAUGUUAUCAGGCCUGGUCCAGGCGCUAGACGGCUCGAGAAUCUGGUAACUUCGUUAUUAUCCACUGAGAAUUUCCGAUCAAAACAGUGCAAGUGAACUGAAUAUCUAGAGAACGACAUCAAAGAGAUUGAAUGUAGCAGCCUUGAUUAUUGGGAUUAGAUGUGAUUUAGGAUCUUAUAGCAUCCCUCUUUUACUUAGUCAAGAUUAUAAGUGAACAAUUAGGCUAUGGCUGUGAGAAGUAUAUGUCGUGUUGCUACCACACAACUUGCCUUAAGGUAUUGUUGUACUUGUCACAUUCUCAUAGAAUUAUCAGACUGGAAUUUUGAGAUUCUUAAAUGUUCCCUUUGUGAAAUUUUUGUACUCUGUUUUUUAAGUUGCAUCUUCUUACUUUUUAGUUUGACUUUUUAAGUUCAUCACACAAAAUUGAACUAAAAAUAUAUAAUAUACUAGAUUAUGGUCC